AUGGCCGACACACUACCCACCAUCGACUUCAACUUCAACGACUUGCGCGAGCGCAUGCAGCAGUUCACUGUACGAUUUGACGACUUCAUCGAGCGCGGGCGGAAGAAGGUACUGGAAGAGCGAAAUGCUUUUCGCAUGAACAUAGCAGAUCAAGCAGACCAACAACGACAACGUAAACAAGCCAUCACCGAGCUCGAAUCGAAGUCCUCCAGCCAUGCACACAUAAUCGCGAAAGAGACUCAGGAGACGGACGAAAUGCACGAGGCGAUUCGCUCUCUUACCUCACAAAAAGAAGAGCACGUUGCGCGUCGCGAUCAGCUGAAGACCGAAAUCGCAUCCACACAAUCAGCAAUUCGACAACUACGAGACGCGCAAGCGGCACACCAACGGUCACUGGACGCACAAGCUAAGCAUAAUGUGCCGGAGCUGCGAUUCUGGGAGACGUGUUUGGGAAUGCGGCUGGAUGGUACGGGAGUGGACGAUCGGUUGAAAUUUGUGUUUGUGUCCAUCGACGACCGCGACACGGAACGGGAAUGCUGGUUCGAGCUCAAUAUCGAUGGCAGUCGAUACGAGGUCGCGAGCACAAAGCCGCGACUGAAUAGGGAUGAUGUGGACGCUGUGCAGGAUCGAUUGAAUGAGUCGAACGACUUGGGGCCGUUUUUGAAGACCAUGCGAGCUAUGUUUGUGGAGGUGGUGAAGUCAUGA